GGGUGUGAAUUUGCGGCGUGACGUACAGGCAAUUAAGUGGUGGCAGCAAACAGAGCGAGGAAAUCUUCCUUAUCCCGGUUACUCACAGAUCAGCGUGGGGCAAUGUCACACCUGCGGCAAAUCGGAGCUGCAAUAGGGACUCUGGUUGCAAUCUUGGGCAGCAUUGUGUUCAUCUCGUGGAAGUAUUUCAACGGCAGCAGGCGACACUCUGAGGAAGAGUACAGUUUUAUUCAAGAGGUGAAAGACAGAGAGCUGAGCCAGCCUAGAGAAAAACAAAUUCUGGUUCUUGGUUUAGAUGGUGCUGGGAAAUCUAGCAUUCUCAACUGUUUGGCCACUCACACAGUGAAGCAUAGUACGUCACCUACUCAAGGCUUUAAUGCUGUCUGCGUUCACACAGAAGGUUGUAAAUUAGACUUCCUUGAAAUUGGUGGUAGCUGCAAUUUACGCUCGUACUGGAAUCUAUACCUGAACAAAGCACAAAUGUUGAUUUACGUGGUGGAUUCUGCAGACCAGGAACGUUUGCCUCUUGCUCGGCAGGAGCUGCAUCGGCUGCUCAAAGAAGAUCCAAUGGUGCCACUACUGCUAUUAGCACACAAACAGGACCUUGAUGGAGCUCUUACUAUGUCUGAUCUUCAUAGAAAACUACUACUCCAUGACAGGAAUUAUGAACAAAAGCUUUUCCUCAUGGCAACUAAUGUCACUGAGGAUGGAACGGAGAUCCCUGAAAGUAUUCACAAUGUUAAGGAACUUAUUAUUCAAUUGAUUUCACAGAAAAGCUGAACAAACAUCAAUUAAUGUUUCUAGAGGGUUGUUAGAAAUCUACUUACUAGAUAGCACCAUAAUACUUAACUACAAUUAAUCUGCAUUUUCAUAAUUUAUUUAGAUUGCAAAUGAGAAGAAAGUGACAGAUUUACCUUUAUAAGAAAUGUAUACCAGUAUGCAUAACUGAACUUUCUUCAGUCCUUGGGUACAACUACCUUCUGUGGCAACUGAGUUCAGCAUUUUUAAGUGUAAAGUUACAGUUUUGGCAAUCUUAAUGUUAAAGAAUUAUUUGGUGAAAUUAAUAUCACUUGUUUAACCUACGUUCUUUGAUUAUAUUAGAUACAGCAAAUAGGGUGCUGUGCUUUCCUUUUAACUUCAAAAAUAAAAAUCAAUGACAGUUGAAAUACUUUGUGACAAUAUUGUGAAAGCGACAGCUUUCAAAUAAUGCAAAUAUUUUGGAAAAUGCAAAUCAUUUGACAAAUUUUGUCAGCCUUCUUCCAUAUCUUGACUUACCCAUUGUUUUCCAAUUUGGGGUCAGAAUUCAUACUACUUUACUCAGUGUUUGUUGUAUUAUUGAAGCUUCAGUCUUUCUACCAGGCUCUUACAAUAUUCAUUGAUAUAAAAUAUUUUUGUCUGAUAAUCAAAUGUGUAGAUAGUAGUAGAUUUCUGUGGAACUGCCAGGUGACAGUAAUUUAAAUGAAAAACAUGUUUUUAUGAACUUGAACAAAAUUCGUAUUCACAAUACAGAACAUGGGGUUUACCAAAGUUGACAAGUUGCUUACUUUGAUAGCAGAAUAAAAAUUUUCAAUUAUAAAAGUUCCACAAGUUCAAAAAAGGUAUUUGCUCAUAACAAUAUGUAUUUGGAAUUAAUGACUUUAUAAGAAUUGGAUUUUCUGACAUAACAUUCAAUUUCAAUAUAUCAUUACCUGUAAUGUAUCUGGAUUCAAGUAACUACCUGUUCUAAUUAAAUUAAUGGCAUUGACAAUUU